AUGCAAGAAGCCACCACCAGAUCGCUAGAGGGCGCCCUCGCGACUCUGCCGCCCCCAGUUGCUCAAACAAGCCUGAGAGAAGACAUCAGCCGUCGACGAGCGCAAAGUAGUCUACCCGUUCUGGUGGUACUCGAUGAUGACCCGACCGGCACACAGACAUGUCACGACAUCAACGUGCUCACAGCGUGGGAGGUCGAGCUCCUGGUCGCCGAGUUCAGAGCGACUCCUUCGGGAUCAGGCUUCUUCAUCCUCACCAACUCUCGAGCUUUACAUACUUCCGAGGCUCGAGAUCUGAUCAGAACGAUCUGUGUCGCGGUCCAGCAGGCAGCCAAGAUUGCGAGCGUCGACUUUGAACUCGUCUUGAGAGGCGAUUCCACUCUGCGAGGCCAUUUCCCUGAUGAGCCAGAAGUCGCCGAGUCAGUCAUUGGAGAGGUCGAUGGCUGGAUACUGGCUCCGUUCUUUCGUCAAGGUGGCCGUCUUACCAUCGGCGAUGUGCACUAUGUCGCCGACGUGGAUGGCAGUCUUGUGCCCGUUGCACAGACUCCUUUUGCCAAAGAUGCCACCUUUGGUUUUCGAAGUUCAAACUUGAAAGACUACGUGGCAGAGAAAUCAAAAGGUGCAAUCACAGCUGAGCAGGUCGAAUCAAUCUCACUGAAAGAUGUUCGAGAAGGGGGUGCCUCUGGGGUGGCUGCGCGACUUCUCGGCUUCCAAAGAAAAUGUGUCGUUAUUGUCAACGCCGUUGUUGAUACGGACAUGGAGAUUUUCGUCCAAGGACUCUUACAAGCAAGAGAUCAAGGAAAGAGAUACAUCUAUCGGACGGGAGCUGCCUUCGUAUCGACCAGACUUGGUUUGUCACAAAUACCGCCACUGACGGCGGAAGCACUGAACAUGGACUUGGAGAUGAGUAGCCCGGGAGGUUUGAUCAUCGCUGGAUCCUACGUUCCGAAAACUACCGCCCAGCUGGAAUCUCUCAUUGCUGGUCGCGGGAACCACUUACACACGGUAGUAAUACAAGUGGAUGCGCUACUUGAAACCCACACAAAUUCAGAAGAUAUCAUCCUCAGAGCCGCCGACGAGGCAGGCCAGAAGAUUGCUGAAGGCAUAGACGUUCUCGUAAUGACGAGCCGCAAGCUUAUCACGGGCCACGACGAGCGUUCUAGUCUGGCUAUUGGCUCCGUCAUCGCCAAAGCACUUGUUCUCUUCUUGAGACUGCUGAACCCUCGACCACGAUAUAUUAUCGCGAAGGGAGGAAUCACAUCAUCGGAUAUGGCCACUAAAGGUCUACGUAUGAAGCGCGCCAGAAUCUUGGGCCAGGCGGCCUCCGGUGUUCCACUUUGGCAAUGCCACGAGACUGUGUCGAAAUUUCCCGCCAUUCCAUAUGUCGUUUUCCCCGGCAAUGUCGGAGACAAGGACACCUUGCGCGAGCUCGUUGCUGGAUGGGCCAAAUCGAAGCCGAACCAGAACAUCCCGCCAAUGAGAUAUCGCCGGCUUGGGAAGAGUGGGCUGAAGACUUCUCAGAUAAUCCUGGGUUGUAUGACUCUUGGUAAUCCGCAGUGGGAAGGGAGUCCCUGGGUGCUUCCAGAGAAGGAAGCUCUGCCAAUUCUGAAAAAAGCGUACGACCUGGGUAUCAACACUUGGGACACGGCCAACACGUAUUCAAAUGGUCUUUCUGAAGACAUCAUCGGCAAGGCUUUAACCAAAUACUCGAUACCUCGAAGCAAAGUCGUCAUCAUGACCAAGCUCUACUAUCCAGUUAUGGAGCAGAAUCCGAACUCUCGUCCUAAUCCCGCCGUGAACGAUGGUGCUCUCGUCAAUCAGAUGGGUCUGAGUCGUAAGCACAUCUUUGAUGCGGUCGAAGCAUCACUUCGCCGCCUCGACACAACUUACAUCGAUGUUCUUCAGAUCCACCGUCUGGAUACGGAAACGUCGCCAGAGGAGAUCAUGCGUGCUUUGCACGAUCUCGUGCAGCAAGGAAAAGUGCAUUAUUUAGGUGCAUCGAGCAUGCCGUGUUGGCAACUCGCACGCUUACAGUAUGCGGCCAAGAUGCACGACUGGACGCCCUUUUCUAGCAUGCAGAACCUGUGGAAUCUUCUCUACCGGGAGGAAGAGCGCGACGUUGUACCCUUUUGCGAGGCCGAGGGCAUCGGUCUGAUCCCAUGGUCACCUUUGGCCCGCGGCCUUUUGACCCGACCCUGGAGUGAGAAGACCGUACGGAGCGAAAAGGACGCGAAGACGUCCCAAUGGUUCCAGGGGAUCCAGAAUGAGCAGAUUGUACAGCGCGUUCAAGAGCUGGCAAAACGAAAGAGCUGUACAAUGGCAGAUGUCUCACUCGCUUGGCUUUUGGCCAAAGAGGCCUGUCCGGUCGUGGGAUUGAACAGUUUGGAAAGAGUAGAGUCAAGUCUGAAUGCUUUGAGAGUGACUUUGACCUCGGAAGACUUGGAGUAUUUACAGGAUCUAUAUGAGCCUCUUCGAGUACAAGGAUUUUAG